CUGUACUUACUCCAGCAGAUACACCACGAUCUCAACAUGGAUACAAACAUCCUUUUACGCAGAUUAACGACGGCAACAAUGACUACUCUAUCAUCUCGAUCCCUUAUCACAUCAACACCAACAUUAUCACCAUGGCUCACAAAAACACUCCCUCGUAACAUCCCAAAAACCCUCACCCGACCCUUCUCCCAAACCCCCACAACCGCCUCCUCCCCCUUCCGCCUCUCGAACAACAACCACACCACCAACCUGAACGAUGCCCAUGACCUCGAACAAGAUCUCGACCCCUCAGACCCCCUUUCCCACUAUUCGCAAUACAAACCCAAACGCCAAUGGCCACCGGACAUGAGCAAGCUAUCACAGAAACAUCAGUUCCGGCUUGAGCGGAAGUACCGCCGGCGCGCGGCACUGAAGUUUGCGAGGCCGAAGUGGACUAAGGGGACAAAAUUGGUGCAGUGGGGGGUUAUUGGAUUUACGCUUGUGUAUGCGCUUUUGUUCAUGCAGUGGGAUAUUAAGGGGAGUCCGCUUGAUGAGCUUCGGGACACUUUCUUUGCCGGUGUCAAGGCAAUGUUUUCGGCCCCGGGUUCUGUGAAGAAAUCAGACAGAGACUAAGGUAAGGCGUGUGAUUGAUAUUGAUGUCAACACCACUAUCCCAGCUUAGAGAAUAACUAUACUGUACAAUAGAUAGGCAACACAUAAACAUGUUCAAUCGAGACCAAACUAAUCCUUGGCCCUAGAAACGAGGGAAAUGAGUCCAAUCCUCAUUCAUGAAAGACCGAUCUGGGCUACGAUAUGCUUGUAUCCAAAAGAUAACAAAAUGACAAGCCAAGAAGCAGAAAAACUGCAAACGAACACUGGAGAUAUGCGAAGACUCGUCAGCUUUAAGCCCCGUUGCUUCAUUAGACCAAUCCCCACG